GUGAUCUGUGACCUCUGUGAUACUCUGUGAUGUCUGUGACCACAACGUGACUGCAAAUAGCUGUUAAUCGUCUGCAUUGGUUAUGGCUUCAAUAUUACGGUCGUCAAAGUUUGGCCGUUAUUUCGCUGGUCUUGCACGCAGUAUAGUUUUUAAUUCAGCUAGAGGGGAUGUAGCUGGAACAUUUAUCCAAAGGAGCGAGUGCCUGAGCACUGGAUUAACGAAGUCUCUGACAACCCAAGCUGUUCCAUCCCAUAGUCAUAAUGAUUCAAAUCUUGACAGAAGCCUGAGACGUCUCGAUCAAGAUGUUCGUCGUAUAGGAAGAAUAACAAGGAGGGAACUGGAAGAUGUGUUGGAGGAAUUACGUCAUGCAAAGUCUGCAACUAGUACGCAGUCUCUUCUCAUUAUUCGAUGCUGUGGAAAUUUGGUGCCAGAAGCUUCCCCAGAAGUCCGUACUCAGUUGGUUGAAGAAAUCUGGAAAACUUUGGAGAACAUUGGAGUGCCAAUGGAUGUUAGCCAUUACAAUGCGUUGCUUCGAGUCUACUUGGAAAAUGAACAUUCUUUCUCUCCUGCUGAGUUUCUGGCAAAUUUGGAACAUAAAGGCAUUGAACCAAAUAGAGUAACAUAUCAACGCCUGAUAUCACGAUACUGCCAACAGGGUGACAUAGAAGGAGCCACACGCAUCCUUGAAUUUAUGAGAGAGAAGCAGCUGCCAGUCAAUGAGAAUGUGUUCAAUGCUCUUAUUAUGGGGCACUCACAGGCAGAUGAUACGGAAAGUGCAUCUGGUAUCAUUGGAGUUAUGCAGCAAGCGGGACUGGAGCCUAGUGCUGACACAUACACUGCUCUGCUCUGUGGCUAUGCUAAGAAAGGUGAUAUUGAUGCCAUCACCAAAACACUAGAACAGUGUGAUGCUAAGGAUAUACAGCUCCUAGAUAGAGACUAUAUGGACAUCAUAUACUCUCUUGCAGUAAAUGAUCAUCUUGAACAUGUUGAUAAAUUGAUAGACCGAAUGCGGCAGUCAGCAGGAUACAAUCAGGAUGCUGUAAAUUUAAUCUUGCGCCUUGUAAACUGUGGCCAUGAAGAUCUUGGUUAUAAGAUUCUUCUCACAAUGCCUCGGCCAUCGCGUUCUGGUGGAGAGCUAGGACUUGUGGGAUCAUUCUUUAUCCGUCAACUUGUGAAUGCUAAUAGGCCGGUUGAGAAAAUCAUAUCCAUAUGUCAAAAAUUGGAGGAAGAGAAUUUAAACCCUAGAGCAAUCUUUAUAGCAGCAGAAAGCAGUCUCCAGUCGGGGAAUAUUGAUCAGGCUUGUGCCCUUUUGCAUGUAAUGAAAGAGAAGAACCUUCCUCUCAGGCAGCACUACUUCUGGCCUCUCCUUGCCAGCCAUCGCAAUGACAGGGACAUUGUGCUGGAUAUAGUGUCCCGCAUGUGUACGCAGUUCAACGUAAUUGUUGGAGGAGAAACAUUAAGAGACUAUGUUAUUCCCAGCUUGGAAAAGACUUCAUCUGAUGAAAUAAUAUGGGAUCUUAGAAAUGCUGGAAUUACCAUAGCAGCAGCUGCAAGUGCUCUUGUACAUUAUCGUCUUAAUAUGAACUUGAUAGCAGAAGCUGCCAGAAUUGCAACUCGGUACCGGGCCUACUACUCAGCAUCAUUAUUAAGAAGACCUCUGGUGCAGGCAUAUAAUCAUACUAAAGACAGAGAUUCAUUUGUUGCCAUUUUGCGCCAAAUUCAUGACAGCGUUGACAGAGCAGUGCUUGCAGAUGAGGACUCAGCUGUAGUAGUGCCAGAACGUACAGAAAUAGUUGGAAAUUUUAUUCUGGAUAUUGCAAAUGUUGGUCAGAACAGAGUGGCGCAGAUUGAAGCAAUAUUGCAGGGCUUGGUAGAACAGGGACUUUGUUUGAGUAACAGUUCUGCAGAGCGUCUACAAGAGAAGCUUGGAGAAGAAUUAACUAGCCAAAUAUCAAACCUCCUAGGGAAAUUGACAUCCGGAGAACUUGUUCCCACCACAUUGACGAGACCUUCAGCACUACCUCCUGUUGCUGUAGAUGAGGAGCAUUUGCUGAAGACUAAAAAAAUGUUAGAGGAAAGAGGUGAACCAACUCGAGGAAUUAAAAAGCAACUUUUUUUGUUAUACUGCCGCAACAAGGAUCUUGAAAAGGUUGAACAAAUAAUGAAGGAAUUGGAAGCAGAUAAUUUUGUGUUUACUGGUGGCAUGUAUGCACUGCUGUCAGAACUGUAUGCUCAUCAUGAUAAACUGGAGGAGGUAUGGACCACUAUAAAGAAAUUAAAGGAGAAUGAACCAGACUUUCCAAUGGACAGCAUGAAGAUCAUUAAAAUUGUUACUUUGUUGGUAAAAAAUGACAGAGUACAAGAUGCAGUGAAAUUUCUCAGUGAGCAGUCAGGAGAUCGUAAGUUGGAGGACCGAUCAUUUCAAUACAGUACAUUGUGCUGGCGACUCCUUAAUUCGCUAGCAGAGCAGGGCAAGCAGGAUGAUCUGAAACAGGUGUUUGAUGCACUUGUCAAAUAUGAGUACAUUGAGCCAAACAAUGUUUUACUUGGUCCACUGAUUAAAGUUCACUUAGUGAGGGAUGAUCUGACUGGAGCAGUGGAACAAUUUGAGUGGUGUUGCCAGAAAUAUCGAGCCACGCCAUGGAAGAAUGAACUGGCAUGCAGAAUGAUUCAGGCAGAAGAUGCUGUGUCCCUCCAGAAACUUACAGACCUCAGUACCCAGGUCCAUGGAGAAGUAAACAGCCUAUACGAUUUGGUGUUUGCUUUUGUUGAGUGCGGUAGAAUUCGUCAGGCACGCAAGAUAUUGGAGACUCCUGGAUUACGCAGCCGACCUCAGCGACUUAACUCAGCAUGUGAGCGUUACCAGCAGGAAGGAAAAUUGGCUCCACUUGAGGGCUUAGUUGAAGCCACUCGUGAUAUGUCUCACAUAGAUCGCUCUGAUAUCUACUACCAUCUUCUGCUUUCAUACUGCAAAUCAGAGGAUCCUGAUAAGGCUCUUGGGUUGUGGACUAGAAUGCAAGAAGAGGAUGUUCAGCCAUCAGAUCAGUUUCUGUCAACUCUGGGCACUUUUCUGAAAAGUAAAGGAAAGGAAGUGCCAUUUGUUAUCCCAGAAGUCGUACUGGCCACAGAGGUUCGGAAAGGCAGAGGAGAAGGCCACGAAGCUGAAGCCAGUGGGGCUACAUUAACAGCAACACAGAAUUUCAGACAGGCUCUACGCAGAAAUGAUCUUGAUGAUGCACUUAUACACAAGCACACUGUUGAAAGUACCGCUAAUGAGAGCUUGUCAGUAGGCGAUUUGUCAGCACUAGUUCAGGGCUUGGUAAAAGCUGACCGCUGUGGAGAAGCAUCGAAAGUUGUGCUGGGAAUGAUGGAAAAGGGCAUAUAUCCUGCAUUCCGUGUUCUGCGCUUCCUUAUGAAUCGUCUUGCAAUUGCAGGAGACAUUGAUACACUGACAGCUAUUGGGAAUCUGCUAACACCAGAAAAGAAGAAACGUGUUUCAUUUGAUAAUCGUUUCUGCCAUGCUAAUGUUGUGGCAGGAAAAGCUGUGGAAUAUAUGAAGACAUUAACAGAGGAAAUUGAAAAUGUGAAAGACAGUGACCUUGAAAGUCUUGCUGAGAAAUUUCCAAGAGGUGGAGCUAUUGCAAUCUUAGAAAACCAUCCUGAACUUCUUUCAGAUUAUGAGCAGAUGGCUCUCAAGUAUGCUGCCAGAGGCAUCAAAGCUCCCAUCAAUGUGCUUUGGAUGGACCUGUUUGUGAAGGGGCAGGAUGCUGAAGCCAAGAAGUUGUGGGAUGAACAUCUAGCUGGAUCUUCUCGUAUCAUGUUCCAACACAUUCUUCAGGAGGCUCAGGAAAAGCGUGAUGAAAAUAUUGCUCGCAAGCUUAUUGCUCUGCUUCAGGGUACUGCUGUAUCGGAAGGGGUUCGUGGUAAUGCAUAUAGCUGCCUUCUUGAUGUCCUUGUGAAUACUGAGAAGUAUGAUGAUGCACUUGUGGCCCUGGAGGAAGCUGUGAAAGACGUGUGCUUGGAAAACAUGAACAGAGCAACCCUCUUGAGGUUACAGAUUGGACUCCAAAAUCAAGGGAAAACAUUUCCAUUUGAAGUGCCACCUAAGAAUGCAAAAAGCAGUAGUUCCAGUUCUAGUGAUGAUGAACAAUCAACCAUUGAAAAUAAACAGUAAAGAGAGUGUGAUUAUAUCAUUACAUUUAUUCUUAUUUAAGCAUUGAUUUUUAUUUCUUGUUAUUCACUAGUUAUAGUUACUGUCUGCAUGUUUUGUAUUGAAAACUUCCAAUCUUAAGUAGGUCCCAUCAUUUAAUACAAGUAAUAUCUGUGGUUAUAUUUUA